AGACCAAAAUAUCUUUUAUCCUCUUAAAAAGGUAAAUAUAAAAAUAUUUUUUUACCAUAUUGUUAGCAACUUCUGAUUUUUCAUGAGUUAUGUAAUGUGAGUUUAUAUUCAAAGAGUCAAUAAAUUUAGCAAGUAUUUAUCAACUCAGAACAAAUCUUCUUAAACCCUCCUAUGAAGUGAGCAUCUAUGAAAUGGAAUAGGCUGAAACUAUCCUCUUUAUGGAAACUCAGGAUGCAUUUUAUUAAAUGGGAGUAGUUUCAAGGAGAAUAAGUAAACUAAUUUUUUAAUUUCAUUUAUUUGGAGGAAUCUUCCAUUUUAAAAUAAAAAAGAAAGUUAGCUCUGAUCACUUGAAAGAAUAAAGUUUUAUUCCACUACUAUAACUGGAUGAGGUUUAGAUAAGCAUUUUAAAGUUGGUUAUCUUGAUGUUUCAAUCUUAAGUCAAGGGGGUGAACUAUGCGAAAGGUAAGAAGAAAUUUUAUGGGAAUUGAUGAAUUUCCUAAUAAAUUUAAUCUAACUAAGAGAUAAAACGUCACUUUGAAAAAUAAAAAUCAUUCCAGUCUGAAGUACGAUAAUGGAGGUUAAGAAAGUAGCUUAUAUUUAGAAUUAUAUAAAGAAGAUCUAAAAAUAUUAAAACCUUAUAGAGGAAAUUUAGAAGAAGUGAGCCAAAGGUGAAUAUAUUUUAAAG